AUGGCAAUGGCACGAGCCCUCUUCCCUUCACAAUAUCUUUGUGUGAACAAAACCAACAACACUGCCCAAAUUCGAAGCAAAAGAACUAUUCAAGUUUCAUGCAGAAGCUCUAAUCAAGAAGAUCUUCUUAGCCGUCGCCAAACAAGCUACAAUUACGCUGAUGAGUUUGGAUUACAAGUGAAAGUGGAGGAGAAAAAAGUGUCAUCAUUCAAUGGCAAUGGACAUAUCUUUGAUGAAGGAGUAUUUGAAGUGUCAAACAUAAAUGCAUUUGGUCAAUCAUUUAGGGAUUAUAAUGCAGAAAGUGAAAGACAAAAAAGUGUUGAGGAAUUUUAUAGGGUUCAACAUAUUAACCAAACAUAUGAUUAUGUUACAAAAAUGAGAAAAGAAUAUGGUAAAUUGAACAAAAUUGAAAUGAGUAUAUGGGAUUGUUGUGAACUUUUGAAUGAUGUUGUUGAUGAUAGUGAUCCUGAUUUAGAUGAACCACAAAUUGAACAUUUGUUACAAACCGCUGAAGCUAUUAGAAAAGAUUAUCCAAAUGAAGAUUGGUUACAUUUGACUGGCCUUAUUCAUGACCUAGGUAAAGUUCUCCUUCAUCCAAGUUUUGGUGAACUUCCUCAAUGGGCUGUUGUUGGUGAUACAUUCCCUCUUGGUUGUGCUUUCGAUGAAUCGAUCGUUCACCAUAAAUAUUUUAAAGAUAAUCCAGAUAUAAACAACAUCAUUUAUAACACAAAAAAUGGUGUAUAUGAACAAGGUUGUGGACUUAACAAAGUUGUUAUGUCAUGGGGACAUGAUGAUUAUAUGUAUUUAGUUGCUAAGGAAAAUGGCACUACACUUCCUUAUGCUGCUUUAUUUGUUAUACGUUAUCAUUCAUUUUAUGCAUUACAUAAAUCAGGAGCAUAUACACAUUUGAUGAAUGAAGAUGACAAAGAGAACAUCAAGUGGCUCAAUAUUUUCAACAAGUAUGAUUUAUAUAGUAAGAGCAAUGUUAGAAUUGAUGUGGAAAAAGUUAAGCCAUAUUAUCUAUCUCUUAUUCAAAAGUAUUUCCCAAAAAAACUAAGGUGGUGAUCGAUUCAA